AUGGUCGAUCAUGAAUCAAAGGAUAAAGCAAAGAAAAUCAAAGAGAUCUAUCGUUACGAUGAGAUGUCAAAUAAGGUGUUAAAGCUAGAUAGGCGGUUUUUUAAUACCAACCAGAACCCCCAAAAAGAUGCAGAAAUUUCACAGCCAAAGUCCAUGAGUGGCAGGAUUACCGCUAAAGAUAUGGGUAAGGACGUCCGCAGCGAUACUCCUGAAAAGAAAAGAGAUCUUGAUAGUAUAGUAGGUAUGAGAGAGAAAAGGCCCUCAUCAAGAAAAAUUCAGCAGGAUAGUACUAUUUUGGACGCCUCUUCCAACUUUAGGUUGCAUUACUACCCAAAGAAUUCCUCCAGCAUUGAAUUAUACGAGCAAAUUUUGCAAUGGGUCACAGAAGUUUUAGGCAAUGAUAUACCGCAUGAUCUUAUUGUUGGAACUGCAGACGUACUCAUCAAAAUGCUGAAGGAAGAUGAAGAAAAUGAAGACGGAAAUUUUGAUAAACGAAAGAAAAACAUUCAGGACGAACUGGGUAUUGACAUCGAAACUUCAAAACUCAUGGAGUUGGUCAAACUUACGAAAGACAUUACCGAUUAUGAAACUGACUCAAACGAAACCGUUGAACGAGCGGUGGCAAUUCUUGCUGAUAAUGAAGAUAUGGAUGCAGAAGAAGAAGAAAAUAAUUCCGACAACACGAAUGUUCUCGAGAGACAAAUUGAUGAUGAUGAAGAGGAUUUUGAAGAGGAUAACGUUGAUCCUAACUCCAAGAUUCGGACUAACAAAGCAUUACCAAAUGUUGAAUAUGACACAAUCAAACUUUCUGAUUAUAAGAUAAGUGACAUUGAGGCUAUUCCGGUAUACUCAGUCGAUGAGUUUUUUUUACAAAGAAAGCUUCGAUCCGAGCUUGGUUAUAAGGAUACUUCAAUGAUCCAAGAACUUUCAGAAAAGAUUUUAAAUGAGAUCAAAACCCUCGAAGACAAUCCAAAAGCUCUAGAGCAGAAGCUGGUUGAUUUGUUAGAUUUUGAAAAUAUAUCGCUGGCUGAAUUUAUUUUCAAAAAUAGAUUAGCAAUCUUUUGGGGUAUACGCCUAGCAAAAAGCACAGAGAACGACGUACCAAAUUUGAUAGAUGAAAUGGUCGCCAAUGGUUUAAACUAUCUCGUGGAACAGUACGAGGCUAGAGGAACAGUAAACUCGAAACGUCAGCUUGGUUCUGAUGAUGAAAAAUUUAAGUAUUCAGCUGCAAAAAGGACAAAAUUUCACAGUACCUCCAUUUUACCGCCUAUUGUAGAUUUGGAAAAGGUCAAAUUUGACGAAAGCUCUAAAUUAAUGACUAUAACGAAAGUUUCUCUGCCAGAAGGAUCAUUCAAAAGAGUCAAACCGCAUUAUGAUGAAAUACAUAUUCCGGCUCCAAAGAAACCUGUUAUUGAUUACGAGUUAACAGAAAUUUCCUCUCUGCCAGAUUGGUGCCAGGCGGCAUUUCCUUCGUCGGAAACAACAUCUCUAAAUCCUAUACAGUCAAAGGUUUUUCCUGCAGCAUUUAACGGUGAUUCAAACAUGUUAAUAUGUGCACCCACUGGUUCAGGUAAAACUAAUAUUGCCAUAUUAACCGUAUUAAAAACUUUAUCCCGCUUUUAUAACACAGAAACGAAAAAACUGAACCUUUCAGCGUUUAAAAUCGUUUAUAUAGCGCCGUUGAAGGCCUUAGUGCAAGAACAAGUCAGAGAGUUUCAAAGGAGACUAGCUUUCCUUGGUAUAAAAGUUGCUGAAUUGACUGGUGACUCCAGGCUCAGUAAGAAACAAAUAGAAGAGACACAAAUCUUGGUUUCUACACCAGAAAAAUGGGAUAUAACUACUAGAAAAUCGAAUAAUUCGGCUCUUGUUGAACUAGUUCGUUUACUGAUCAUAGACGAAAUUCAUUUACUGCAUGACGAGAGAGGCCCUGUAUUAGAAAGUAUUGUCGCCAGAACAUUUUGGGCUUCCAAAUACAGCCAGGAGCGUCCGAGAAUUAUAGGGCUGUCCGCGACAUUGCCAAAUUAUCAGGAUGUCGGCAGGUUUUUAAGAGUUCCUGAGGAGGGACUGUUUUAUUUCGACUCUUCAUUUAGGCCAUGCCCUCUAUCACAACAAUUUUGUGGUAUCAAAGAGCAAAACUCUCUCAAAAAAUUAAAAGCUAUGAACGAUGCUUGUUAUGAAAAAGUAUUGGAAUCAAUUAAUGAAGGAAAUCAGAUAAUCGUGUUUGUUCAUUCUAGGAAAGAAACCUCACGUACUGCAACAUGGUUAAAGAAUAAGUUCAUUGAAGAAAACCUUGCUCACAAACUAAUCAAAGGUGAUGCAGGAUCGAAACAAAUCCUUAAGACAGAGGCUUCUAACGUACUUGACCCUAGUUUAAGAAAGCUGAUCGAAAGUGGUAUAGGGACACAUCAUGCUGGACUAGCCAGAAAUGACAGAUCAUUAUCUGAAGACCUGUUUGCUGACGGAUUACUGCAAAUAUUAGUGUGUACGGCAACGCUGGCAUGGGGUGUUAAUCUCCCUGCUCAUACAGUUAUUAUAAAAGGAACAGAUGUCUAUUCGCCUGAAAGGGGGUCCUGGGAACAACUCUCCCCACAGGAUGUUCUCCAAAUGUUAGGUAGAGCUGGGCGGCCUAGAUAUGACACGUUUGGGGAAGGUAUCAUAAUAACAAACCAAUCAAACGUCCAGUAUUAUCUAUCGGUUCUUAAUCAACAGUUGCCCAUAGAGUCACAAUUUGUCGCGAAAUUAGUUGACAAUUUGAAUGCUGAAAUUGUUGCUGGUAAUAUCAAAUGUAGAAGCGAUGGUGUAAAUUGGCUGGCAUACACUUAUUUAUAUGUUAGAAUGUCAGCUUCCCCGGACCUUUAUAAAAUACCUGAUAUCUCCGAAGAUAAGGACUUGAAAAAGUACAGAGAAAGUUUAAUUCAUUCGGCUCUUUGUGUUUUGAAAGAGCAAGAUUUAGUCUUAUAUGACGCGGAAAAUGACAUAAUUGAAGCGACAGAUCUUGGAAGUAUAGCAUCGGCAUUUUACAUUAAUCAUACCUCCAUGAAUAUCUACAAUACAGAGCUAGAUGAGUACACAACGCAGAUAGAUCUCUUUAGAAUAUUUGCAAUGUCAGAAGAAUUUAAAUAUAUAUCAGUAAGGUAUGAAGAGAAAAAAGAACUGAAACAACUACUAGAAAAGGCUCCUAUUCCCAUUAGAGAAGACAUCAACGAUCAUUUAGCAAAAGUGAAUGUGCUAUUGCAAUCUUACUUCUCACAAUUAAAGUUCGAGGGUUUUGCACUAAAUUCAGAUAUGGUGUUUAUCCACCAAAAUGCAGGAAGAUUAUUGCGUGCUAUGUUUGAAAUAUGUCUAAAGAGGGGCUGGGGACGUCCAACACGGAUACUACUUAAUCUUUGCAGGUCUGCUACGACAAGAAUGUGGGCGACAAAUUCGCCUUUGAGACAGUAUAAGAGAUGUCCUGCUGAAGUAGUUAAAAGGUUAGAGGCUUCUACAGUACCCUGGGGAGAUUAUCUAGAAUUGGAGUCGCCUGCAGAGGUUGGUCGUGCAAUUAGAUCUGAAAAACAUGGGAAACAGGUUUAUGAUUUAAUGAAAAGGUUUCCUAAAAUAUCUAUGAAAUGUAACGCUCAGCCAAUUACCCCUAGUAUUAUCAGAUUCAAUGUCGAAGUACUGGCAAGUUGGAUGUGGGAUAUGAAUAUACAUGGUGCUCUUCAACCCUUCUUGCUUUUGCUAGAAGACACAGACGGUGAUUCGAUUCUUUUUCAUGACAUAUUGUUAAUCACUCCAGAAAUGAUAGGGCAAGAAGUUUCGUUAUCCUUUACCUAUGAAUUAAACCAGCAAGAUCAAAAUAACUUAUCACCAAAUUUUUUUCUUACAGUAAUAUCCGAAAAUUGGUGGCACAGUGAAUUCGAGAUUCCAGUUUCCUUUACUAAUUUCAAACUUCCAAAGAAGUUUCCAGCUCCUACCCCACUCUUAGAAAAUAUCGAAAUUUCGACGUCAGAGGUUGGUAACAAUGAUUUCUCCAAAGUGUUUGAAUUUCAAACUUUCAAUAGAAUUCAAAGUCAUACUUUCGAAACUAUUUACAACUCAAAUGACUCAGUCUUUGUAGGCUCAGCAAAAGGCACAGGCAAAACUGCUUUGGCUGAAUUAGCAUUAUUAAAUUAUUGGAGACAGAAUAAAGGAAGAGCUGUUUAUAUCAAUCCGUCACAAGAAAAAAUUGAUGUUGUGCUUUCGAGUUGGAAUAAAAAAUUAUCCCAUCUUGCUGGUGGAAAGGUUAUUAACAAGCUGGGGAAUGACCCUUCCUUGAAUUUGAAGCUAUUAGCGGGAAGCCAUGUUCUCUUGGCCACUCCUGCACAAUUCGAACUUUUGUCGCGUCGAUGGAGGCAAAGAAAAAAUAUUCAAAGCUUGGAGUUAAUGAUAUAUGAUGACAGUCAUGAAAUUAGUCAAGGUGUUUGUGGUGCAGUAUAUGAAACUUUAAUAUCCAGAAUGAUCUUUAUAGCUACCCAACUUGAAAAGAAAAUUCGAUUCAUUUGCUUAUCGAGCUGCCUAGCAAAUGCUCGUGAUUUUAGUGAGUGGGUUGGUAUCACAAAGUCAAAUAUAUUCAAUUUCUCUCCAAGCGAAAGAGUUGAUCCUCUUGAAAUAAAUAUACAAUCAUUCAAAGACGUUGAGCACCUGUCAUUCAACUCACCAAUGCUUCAUAUUGCAUUUGAAACAGCGUUAGCUACUGCAGCAAAUGGGAAUUGCAGUUCAAUUAUCUUGCCCUCCAGAAAGGAUUGUAUUGAGGUUGCGUCUACAUUUAUCAAAUUUUCUAAAGCAGUAGAGUGGGAUAUGCUAAAUGUUGAAGAAGAGCAGGUCACAACGUUCGCUGAAAAGCUGGCCGACAGUCAACUAAAGACCCCAUUAAAACAUGGCAUAGGUAUACURUAUGAUGGGAUGGUGUCAAAUGAUGAGAGAAUUAUAAGAAGGUUGCACAAAUAUAACGCACUUUCAAUUUUAUUCAUUACGAAGGAUUGUGCUGCUCUAGCUCCUAGGUCUGAUGAAGUAAUCGUACUAGGAACGAACUUUUACGACGGAAGAGAGCAUAAAUAUAUGCCAUACACCGUAAACGAACUAUUAGAAAUAGUAGGAUUAACAAAGAGCAGUGGUGCAGCGGUGGGUAAAGCUUUGAUUUUGACGAGUCAUAACAUGAAAGCUUACUACAAAAAGUUCAUAACUGAACCUUUGCCUACGGAAAGUUUUCUACAAUAUACUAUCCAUGAUACCUUCAACAAUGAGAUUGCAAACUCCAUUAUACAGAGUAAACAGGAUUGUGUUGAUUGGUUUACUUACUCAUAUUUUUAUCGUCGAAUCCAUGGAAAUCCGAGUUAUUACGGUGUGAAGGACGCGUCUUCAUAUGGCAUAUCGGUAUAUUUAACAGACUUAGUCGAGACCAGUCUGAACGACUUAGUUGAGUCUUCAUUUAUUGAAACCGAAGACCUUGAAAUAAAUGCAGAAGCGGAUGGGGAAGAUGAAGAAUCUUCUGAAGCAAUUUCUUCCUUGAACAAUGGGCUGAUCGGUUCUCAUUAUGGUGUCUCCUUUUUCACUAUCCAAUUAUUUGUUUCUUCUUUAUCAAAUAGUUCAACACUCAAAGACAUACUGCAUGUUUUGUCCACAGCAACAGAAUUUGAAAACAUCUCACUAAGAAAAGGCGAUAAAGCUUUACUUUCUAAACUGAGUAAAAAGCUUCCAAUAAAGUUUGCUGGCAAUGUCUCUACUGAGUCUGUGAAUUUUAAAGUUUUCUCAUUGUUACAGGCACAUUUCUCGCGUAUUGAAUUACCCAUCGAUUUCCAAAAUGAUUUGAAAGAGAUCCUGGAGAAGGUUAUUCCCCUAAUUAAUGUAAUCGUUGAUAUUCUCUCAGCAAACGGGUAUCUAAAUGCUACUACAGCAAUGGAUUUGACGCAAAUGCUCAUUCAAGGUGUCUGGGAUGUUGAUAAUCCAUUGAGACAGAUUCCAUAUUUCAACAAUGAAAUGUUAGAAAAAUGCAGAGCUAUGAACGUUGAAACUGUUUAUGAUAUAAUGGCUCUUGAGGACGAAGAGAGGGACAAGAUACUAACUCUCGAUGAUUCACAACUUGCUCAGGUUGCCACAUUUGUUAAUAACUAUCCCAAUGUUGAACUUACCUAUUCUUUGGAAAAUUUGAGUUCCUUAAUCUCAGGUGCAAAACAAAAAAUUUCAAUACAGUUAACAAGAGACUUUGAACCUGACAACCUACAAGUAACAUCUGAAAAAUAUCCAUUCGAUAAAUUAGAGAGUUGGUGGUUAGUUUUAGGUGAAGCUUCUAAGAAGGAACUUUACGCUAUCAAAAAAGUUAGUUUAAAUAAAGAAAUUCAGAAUUAUGAAUUAGAGUUUGAUAUUCCACCAACUGGUAAGCACAACCUAACUAUUUGGUGUGUUUGUGAUUCAUACCUUGAUGCAGAUAAAGAAAUAUCAUUUGAGAUCAAUGUGAGAUAA